UCAGGAACAUUUAACCUGUAUCAAGAAGGCUGUACUACACACGGCUGAUACAUGACGUUCGAGUGUCUUACAUUGCACAGCCUCAAUAACUUGCUGUAUUCUAUAAAUUGUCGCCCAUCAAAGAUAUGAGCCAUCUACAACGCACACCCUACCUUCUCAUAUCCUUCGCAUAUCUUUCGCACCAUGCAGUCAACAACAACGCCAGAAAAUCCUGCCCCGCCUAAAUCAUAUAAUUUCAGCCUAGAGAAUAUGAAAAACACAAAAAUAUUCAAUAAUCAACCGGCUUCUCCGCUGUAUUCAGUGGUCACCGACGCAAAGUCGGACAAGCGCACUGAUAUCUUUGACCCUCGUGGCAAUCGCCUUUUGGCUCGGAUCGACAGGAGAGAUAUCCUGCCAGACACCAUCACAUUUCCCGAUAGAAAUGGCGGCUCUUCAAUACACCUCAGUAAAUGGCUGCAGAAAAGCAAGCUUGAAAAUGGACAUCAUAUCCACGCCAUUGAGACUACACAUGGAACUUACGUUUGGAAGUCAGACGCCGAAUACCGACUUGCUUUAUAUCGGAAGGGUGACAUGUCCAAACCUGUCGCGCACCUCCAACAAGGAACGCGAACCCAAAACUUCGCAGUAAUCAUGCAGGGAGAAGCGGAACUCAUUCGCGACGACGUUAUCGUGUCCUUCUUGAUUCUCGAACAACGAUUGAGAAUAUCUGAAAAGAACAUCGACGUCGGAGGGGGCAAGUCCGAGCAAAAUAGAACGGUGUUGGGACAUCACGUCAAUACAUCGUGAUUUCCUGGGCGUGGAUCCACGUCAGGGGUUUGAGAUGCGGAGCGCUUGGGUCUGGAAGCUAUAGAUUUUCUUGGGGUAACGUGAACUUGUCCGCAGCUGAAAGGGGGUACCAUUCUGUAGGAUUGUAUA